GCGGCCGCGUGAGGGACGAAGCGUUUGAAAACACGCUCCGGGAGCGAGCGCCUCUGCCCGCUGUGCGCACGCCGUCGUCUUGUGGCCUUCGGCUCACACGCUCUUCCAUUCCGCCUCCGCUUGUCGGUUUCGGCCGGGUCCUCAGCUCUCAAUCAUGACUAAAAAAAGAAAACGCCAAGAUGAUUUUCAAAAAGUAAAACUAAAAGUUGGUAAAAAGAAGCCCAAAUUAGAAAAUGCUACUGCUACAAACUUUAGAACAAAGACAAUACAUCUGCCUGAACAACUCAAAGAAGAUAGAAUACUUCCAACAAACAAUAGAAAACUUAACAUAAAGGAUCUGCUGUCACAGAUGCAUCACUAUAAUCCUGGGGUUAAACAAAGUGCUCUUCUUGGACUUAAAGACCUUUUGUCUCAAUACCCAUUUAUAAUUGAUGCACACCUUUCAAACAUAUUAAGUGAAGUGACUGCUGUAUUUACAGAUAAAGAUGCUAAUGUACGAUUAGCAGCAGUUCAACUUCUUCAAUUCCUGGCCCCCAAAAUACGAGCUGAACAAAUUUCUCCAUUUUUUCCUUUGGUAAGUGCCCAUCUCUCUAGUGCCAUGACUCACAUUACUGAAGGAAUUCAGGAGGACUCUUUAAAAGUUUUGGACAUUCUGCUGGAACAGUACCCAGCUCUAAUUACUGGACGUAGCAGCAUAUUGCUUAAGAAUUUUGUAGAACUUAUUUCUCAUCAGCAGCUGUCAAAAGGACUGGUAAAUAGAGACAGAUCUCAGUCCUGGAUGCUCUCUGUAAAUCCUAAUCGGAGACUCACUUCUCAGCAGUGGAGGCUGAAAGUCUUAGUGAGACUUGGUAAAUUCCUUCAGGCCUUGGCAGAUGGAUCCAGUAGGUUGAGAGAAAGUGAAGGACUUCAGGAACACAAAGAAAAUCCCCAUGCCACUAGCAACUCCAUUUUUAUCAACUGGAAGGAACUUGCCAACGACCAGCAGCACAUCCAGGUUUAUGAAAAUGGGGGUUCACAGCCAAAUGUCAGUUCACAGUUCAGGCUACGGUACUUAAUUGGAGGACUAGGCAAUGUGGAUGAAAGCCUGACAUCUUCUGAAAGCCUGAAAGGGUUUAUUGAAAUAAUAAUCCCAUUGCUAAUUGAAUGCUGGAUUGAAGCUGUGCCUCCACAGUUUGCCACUUCUGUUGGAAAUGGUAUAGAGCGAGAACCUCUCCAGGUUAUGCAGCAGGUCCUUAAUAUUAUUUCCCUUCUGUGGAAACUCUCAAAACAACAUGAUGAAACACAUAAAUUGGAGUCAUGGCUUCGAAAGAAUUACCUAGAUGAUUUCAAACACCAUUUUAUGAGUAAUUUUCCAUAUACUUUAAAAGAAAUAACCAAGCAUCGAAGGAAAGAUACAAAUAAGAGUGUCAAAUAUUGCACGAUUCUCUUCAAUAACGUAGAUCAUCUUUUACUGAAUUUAACACUGUCUGAUAUCAUGGUCUCCUUGGCAAAUGCGUCAACUUUGCAGAAAGAUUCCAAUUGGAUAGAAAUGAUAAGGAAAUUUGUGACAGAGACCCUUGAAGAUGGCUCUAAGCUAAAUAGUAAGCAGCUAAACAGAUUGCUUGGAGUAUCUUGGAGGUUAAUGCAGAUACAAUCAAACAGAGAAGCUACAGAGACUCUGAUUAAGGCAGUUUAUACAUUGUAUCAGCAGAGGGGCCUUAUUCUUCCAGUUCGGACUUUGUUACUGAAGUUUUUCAGUAAAAUCUACCAGAAAGAAGAACUGCGAUCUUACAGACUCAGAAAUCGCAGUAGAGUCUUAUCCCGUUGGCUGGCUGGUUUACCACUGCAACUCUCUAAUCUUGGCUCCCGAAACCCUGAGCUUUCGACUCAGUUGAUUGAUAUCAUUCAUACUGCUGCAGCCCGAGCAAAUAAAGAAUUGCUAAAAAGUUUACAAGCUACUGCUCUCCAAAUCUAUGAUCCCCAAGAAGGCACCAUGGUGGUACUCCCUACAGAGUCUCAGCAACGUUUGGUGCAGCUCGUGUAUUUUCUACCCAGUCUACAUGCUGAUUUGCUUUCUCAGUUAAGCCGUUGCUGUAUUAUGGGAAGACUCAGUGCAAGUUUGGCUGUCACGCUUAUUGGGAUACUACAUAUGAGAUCGUCAUUUUCUGGAUGGAAGCAUUCACUUAAAGACUGGUUGUUAAGUGAUAUGGACUAUCUCAGCUUCUUAUUUUCUACACUUGCAGGAUUUUCAAAAGAGGAGCUGACGUGGCUUCAGAGCCUUAGAGGAGUUCCUCAUGUCAUCCAGACACAGCUUUCUCCUGUGCUGCUCUACCUCACAGACUUGGAUCAAUUUUUACACCAUUGGGAGAUAGCAGAGGCAGUUUGUCACAGCUUACUCGUUAUCAGUUCUCGACGUCAGAGCUUUGAUGUCCUGCAAAAUGCCAUCAGUAAGCAUUUGGUUGGGUUGACUGUAGUACCGGACAGCACAGUUGGCUGUGUGUUUGGUGUUCUCUGUAAGCUCCUGGAUCAUACGUGUGCAGUUAGUGAAUCGCUGCUGCCAUUUUUGGCUUCUUGUUGCUACAGUCUUCUUUAUUUUCUGCUUACUCUAGAGAAAGGGGAAGCAGAACACCUAAAAAAGAGGGAUAAACUGUGGGGAGUCUGUGUCUCCAUCCUGGCUCUCGUUCCUGGAGUGCUCAAAUUGAUGCUGCAGAGCCUGCGGGUGAACAGAGUUGGGCCUGAGGAGCUGCAUGUUGUAGGGCAGAUGCUUCGUCUUUUGCUUCAGCACGCACCCCUCAGGACUCAAAUGUUAAACAAUGCUGUGCUGGUGCAGCAGAUCAUUAAGAAUAUCACGACCUUGAAGAGUGGCAGUGUUCAGGAGCAGUGGCUCACAGAUCUGCAUUACUGCUUCAGCGUGUACAUCACUGGGCAUCCCCAGGGCCCCAAUGCAUUGAGUGCAGUGUAUUGAUAAGGCACUGUGUUACUUAUUGGAAACUGUUUAUUCAUAAUCUAUCUUAUUUUGAAGAGGGACUGAUGUAGUAGAUGUUUGUCAUUAAAGCUAAACUUACAAAAA